CCCUCUGGUCUUAGUUUACACGUUUGGAUCUCUAAGAGAAAAGCUUGUUUCACUGCUUGUUUUCUGGAUUUGACCAUUUCUGACCUUAGAAAAGUUCUGGGUCAGCUGUUUGUCACCAGAACCGAAACACAAAGGCCAAACCUUCCACGUGGUCAUCAUUUGAUCUGCUCUUCAUGGUUUGCUUGGAAGUUGAAUCAUUCUCAGAAAACCAACUUUGAGCUUUAUAACCGUUAGAAAAACCAAACAUCAGCUGAGCGUUCAGCUCUGAUUUCUGUUUCAGAGGAAAUUAUUAGAUCAACCUUAAUUAACCGUGAGAGAGCGUGACGGAACCAGAACCUCCUUCAAAAGCUGCUGGUGUUUCUGCUGCCUCCUGACUGAACGCAUGCUGCCGAUUUCAGGCCGAUUUCAGGCUUUUAUCGCUGGAGCUCAGAGAGCAGCUCCACCCUCACUGCCUCCUGGUCAGAGCGCUGGGCAGUUUGGAGCAGAGCAGCAGCAGAAAUGGACAGAGCGCGUCCUGCGUGGUUCCUGCUGCGCCUCCUGCUGACGGCUGCAGCCCUGACGGAGUCUGCCGGCCCGCUGACGGACCCGGAGCGCGUCGCUGGGAGGCUGGUCUUCUACCAGACGGAGGGCAGCGCCACCUACCUGAGAGACUCGGGAGCGCUGGCCUCAGGGGUUGCCACGGAGACCGUGUUUGAGCUCUUGGAUCCUGAGAGGAACUUCAGCUCGGCCGGGUUCAGCUACACCUGGGACCUGGGGAACGGAGAGGUGAUCCGGGGAACCGAGCCGGUGGUCCGGUACCGAUACUCAGAGUCAGGAAACUACACGCUGCGGCUGAACGUCGGAGGCAACCCGCCGCAGCUCGCUCCUGCUGGAGUCUUCGCGCAGGAGGUCCAAGUGCUCGAUGCGGUCAGGAGCAUCCAGUUGGUGGCGCCGUCGGACUACAGCGUGAACCGGAACUCCAGCCUGGACCUGCAGCUGGACGGGAGUCCUCCCAUGUGGGUUUGCUGGCGGUUCCUGAGGAACUGCGCCCCGGACCCGGCGGCGGGCUGCACGCUGACCCUGCUGCGUGCCGCCAGCCUGCGGUUGAACCACACCUUCGGCUCGGCCGGCCUGCACUGCCUGGACGUCAGCGCCCGCAACGCCGUGAGCGCGCUGCGGGUGACCUUCAGCCUCAAGGUCACGAGGAACGUUUGUGCAGAUCGUCUCCACCUGCUGUUCAUCCUGAGCUGCGCCGCCGUUCUCGCUGCCACCUUCUCCUUCAUCCUGGCCAUCGCCUGUCGCCCUUGGCAACUAAACAGCUCACAGGUCGCUGCUUCCAGCAACGCCACGUUUCUGAAGGACCAAGACUCUAAAAUCAUUCUCAACUUCUCCUCUGUGGAGAAAGGAGAGAGAGUUCCCCUCAUCCUGCAGCCUGGGAGCCAGUACUGCUGCUGAAUGCCGCCCAGGAGCUACAUGGAGCUACAUGUUCACCUUUACUCACCUGUGUUUGGGACUGGAACCUCCUCAGUCAGAACUGCUGCUCACAUCUCCUCCUGAUUGUUUUCUAGAUUUCUACCAGUGACCAUGUGAGUCACCAGACUCAUCCCAUUAUGACUGUUAUCCUAAAUAAAGCUGAUCGACUAGUAA